CUCCUAAAAGUUGUUUGCCAACCGCCAUCAAAACCCCAGAAGAAGAAGACACUCUUCUUCGUGUCUUCCUGUAGCUCCAUGUGUUUACAGCCUGUUAGCCUGUUAGCCUGCUACACUCUUCAGAACAAACAUGCUUCGUCGGGAGGUGAGACAGAGGAGGGAGUAUCUGUACCGGAAGGCACAAGAGGACCGACUCCGGACGAUCGAGGAGAAGAAACAGAAGGUGAAGGGCGCCCUCGACGAAAAUCGUCUUCUUCCAACGGAGGUACGCAAAGACGCUCUGCAGCUACAGCAGCUUCUGGAGUAUGACGAUGAGGGCGCAGAAGGCGUCAGCUCACACAUGGAUGAUGAGUACAAAUGGGCCGGGGUUGAAGAUCCGAAAGUCAUGGUCACUACAUCCAGGGACCCCAGCUCCAGACUCAAAAUGUUCACCAAGGAGGUGAAGCUGAUGUUCCCCGGAGCACAGCGCAUGAACAGAGGAAACCAUGAAAUCGCUGCUCUGGUUCGAGCCUGCAAAGCCAACAAUGUCACAGACCUCGUCAUCGUGCACGAAACAAGAGGACAACCAGACGGCCUUGUGGUGUGCCACCUGCCAUUUGGACCCACGGCUUAUUUCACACUCUACAGCGUGGUGAUGAGGCACGAUGUUCCCGACAUAGGCACGAUGUCCGAGGCCUACCCGCACCUCAUCUUUCAUAACUUCAGCUCACGACUCGGAAAGAGGGUGUCCAGUAUCCUCAAGUAUCUCUUUCCAGUGCCCAAGGAGGACAGUAGACGUGUAAUCACAUUCUCCAACCAGGAGGACUUCAUCUCUUUCAGACAUCAUACCUACAAAAAAACAGACCACAAGAACGUGGAGCUGACAGAAGUCGGACCCAGGUUUGAAAUGAAGUUGUAUAUGAUCAAACUCGGCACCCUGGAGAACGAGAGCACCGCAGAUGUGGAAUGGCGUCACCACGCGUACACACACACGUCCAAGAAAAGGAGGUUUCUCAGUGUGCAGGAGUGAACUGAUAAAGCUUGAGAAGACUGUUAACUUCCUGUUGACCAUACUUCAUAAACCUUUGACUUUUUUUCUUUAGUUUUUUUUUUUAUUGAAAAGUUCAAUCAAUGUUUUGUUGGAGCACCAAUGCAUUUUUUUUACUUACCUGCAAACUCACAUUUUGUAGUAAAUUAAAGACGUCUCUGGUUUAAGAGCUGAAACAGACAGUAUUACUCUGUUAUGUUUUAAUGUGUAAUAAAGUGUUUCCAGUGAUCUGUAUUUGCCAGAGGUGUGGACUCGAGUUGACUUGAACUCAAGUCAGACCAGUCACAAUUUUGAUGACUUUGGACUCGACUUGACAGUAUCAUCAAAGACUUGGAACUUGACUUGGACUUUGGCAUCAAUGACUUGGGACCAUAGACUGUAUAAAAUAUGGACGUAGUAUCUGUGACGUCACCCAUCUGUUUCUGAAGAGCUGUUUUGAGGUCAAUCGUCGGCGGCAGCCAUAUUGCUUCUGUCAAGCCAGUGUGACGUAAAGAGGCGGAGUUUGAGCCUCUUAGCCAACAGCUGCAGUGUUCCCACAGGCAGCUGUGUCUCUCAUUGGAAGACUAGUAAUCUCAAUAUCUUCGAAAUUGCCGCGAAAAAUUCACCCCCCUCACAGUGAGAGGACAUCGAGAAAUGAGCUAUCCAGACUACACUGGUCUUUUUUACCAGGCUGUAAACAUGUUUAUUAAUGCUGUAAAGAUCGUCUUUCCCCAUUCAUGUGUAUGUGACUUCCGGUUCUUCCAGAGCCAGCCUCAAGUGGAUCCUCGAUGAACUGCAGCUUUUAACACUUCCGCAUUGACUCAUAUUUUUAGACCGGAGGUUGCUGCUUGCUUGGGACUUUAGUCUGAUGACUUGAAAAGACUUGAGAUUUUGAGCAUUAGAUGAGUUAGACUGACUUUACAACGUCUCCAAAAGUUCAUUUGUUGUUGCACCUCUUCGCACUGAUUAUAUCCUGAAUGCUAUGUCAGCACUAUUUUUCUGUGCGGUGAAGUUCUGUCACUCACACCGGUCUUAUUUGAGUUUUCUACCUCUUUCAGCAAAAUGUCAACAAGAGUCGAUGUAAGCACCGAAUGAGGACCAUUUUCUCUCUUUCUGUGACUAAGUCUUGUAACACUGGUUUUAUUUUAUUUAUAAAAUAAAACGAUUCAAACUGCAUUCAUUGUAUUUGUCAAACUUAAUAGAUUGUUACAUUGGUAAAAUGGUAUUUUAUUUGGUAAACAGUGCUUAGGACUUGUAAGGACUCGAAAAUGUCAAGUCUAUGACCUCGGACUUGACUCGACUUGUCUUGCCUUUACUUGAGACUUGACUUGGACUUGCACAUCUUUACUUGAGACUUGACUUGGACUUGCAUAUCUUUACUUGAGACUUGCAAAACAAUGAUUUCUCCCACCUCUGGUAUUUGCUCCAUAAACAAAUCACUGAAAAAAACAUCAAAUAUUGUUCAUGUCCACAAACGCAUUGAAUUGAGAGAGUAAUUAAAGUACUACUUUUACAAUG